GUAGGUGUAGAAAGAAGACGUAUAUAUGACAUUGUUAAUGUACUGGAAAGUGUAGAAGUAAUCACCAGAUAUGCAAAGAACAGAUAUGUCUGGCAUGGGAAAUCAAGACUACCCACUACUCUAGUGAAACUUAAGGUAAUUUAGACACAUAUGUAAUGAGUUUACUUCAUUAAGCAAAAGUUAACAUGACAAACGUAGUGAACUUUGCAAUAGGAUGGCAUAGUAAAGAAGAUGUCAAACUGUGUGUGACAGGCAUGACAGUAACUUACCCAGCAUGUUGGUUGAAUUUUUGUAGCUUUCUGGUACUGGUAUCUAUAACCCCAUUCACACCAAAGCUUAAACAUGGUUAAAAGCUGUUUAGUUAAACAUGGUUCAAAAUUGUCUUCUUCAUAAAAGCUGGUUACGGACUUCUUCUAUUGCAAAUUAUGUGCAAAUUACAGAGUAAGUUAAAUUUUUUUGAAUAUCGUGUACAUGUAAAAAUCUGAGUUCCAACUUUCCAUCAUUGCUUUUCACUUUUUAACCUGUUUAGUUGGUGUGAAUGGGGCAUAUAUCAUAUACCUGGAGUAAUUUUGACUAAAUUACUGGAACUUUUUUUGUUACACACAGAAUUAUGCUGUGUCACAGGGUUUUCAGUUGAAGCCUUCACCUUCAAGGAAGGAAAACCCCAAACCCAAAAAGGAAAAGGUAACUGAUUUUUGUACAUACUAUGUACUGCUGCUUAACUUGUUACUGAUUUGAAAAAGAGCCCCAAACUGGAUCCUUCUUCUAAAUUUCCUUGUGGUGCUUGUAACCAAGGGGCAAACUCUAAGGGAUGUGUGGAAUUGAGCCCUGAUUGACAUCCAACAAAAACCCUAGAUUCUCUGAGCAGUUUUCAUUGUGAGUCAAAGGGAGAAUUGGACAUCUGCUCAUAGCAGUGUCAUUAAGUUCUGAGGCAACCAUAGCAAAUCAAGAUUCACCCGUGACAUCUGACAAAGGAGCCUUUUAAACUCAUUUCACAUACUCCUUCAUUAAAUUUUGAUGUCAUUAGGAGUUGCUCAUGAGAACUUCACUCCUGCCACCCCUUCAAGUGUUUGCAUUGUUAUCAAGGAUGUACCUAAGGAAAAGCUAAGUAGGCAGGCUUAUUAAGAUUUUUGUUAGUCUAGCCAGCUUUUUACUUAACUUCAACUUAAAAAUUACCCUAUGUCUUUGUUUUCCUGUGUUAUUUGCAUCAGGUGUAAGCUCAUUUUUAGCUGGUAAAAUUUGCCAACAGCCACCUUCUAGAUAAAACCCUGUGUUGCUCUGCAUGUCACACAGCCAGGUCAACCUAUGUACAUUAACAGAUGUAGGUUUUAAAAAGCUAACAAGUGAGUUGAUAUAACAUAUUGCAUAUUUCAGGCAAAGAAGGCUCCAAUCAUUCCACUAUCUUCCAAAUUGCCUUUACUUCUGCCAAAGGAUACAAAUGUCAUGAAUCUUGUCCACUCCCUAACUCCAACAGUAGGAGUGGAUCAAAGUCUUAUGCCACCACCACCCAUGCAAGACACUGCAGCAGAUGAAAGCACCAACAAAAAGCCAAAGUACAAAGGUAUAAAAAUGUCUUUGAGAAUUUAACAGAUUAGCAUUUACUCUUAGUCUGCUUAUAAAUCAUGCAUUUUCUUUCAAAUUCUUUUCUUAAAUUUGCUUCCAUAACAAUAGUUUGGCAUUGUACAUUUACGCAACAUUUUCAAUUCUUUACCUAAUAGCUAAUGCUUGAUUUUCAAAAUUUGAACAUGACUUAUUCAUAGGCCUAACAAAGAGAUUUGCAAGUUUUUCUUGAUUCUAUUGUCCCCUGAUUACCAGAUGUGAGAACAGAGAAAACCAGAUAUAGAAACAUGACCACAAAGCAUCAGAGUCACUUAUUUAUUUUGAUAUAUCGAGUGUGGGCUAUUUUUUAAAGAAACAUAAUAGUUUAUGAUAAGGAGUGAGUUCUUUGAUAUCCAGACAGUCAUACCAUGGUGAGUACACUAGGUUUUUUAAACUGAUUUUGUCCAUAAAUAAAAGCGAAAACAAGUGCAUUUAUUUUGUGGAUUGCAUUUCCAGUGAAGAUUUAAUGCAACAAUUUUUUUAUGAUUUUGAAAGAAUGUGCUUCUGAAAAUAUCUUUGCAUUUCUUAAGGUUCAUGCUUGCCUCACCUUCAAAUUUGUCACUAAACUUCUUUUUUACUGUGUUUUUAUUAUUUCUGGGCAGAAAACAUAAGUGAGUACUGCAGGAAAGACAAGUCCCUAGGAGUGCUCAGUCAAAAAUUCCUAAUGAUGUUUCUUGUUUCUGAGGUGAAGUCAAGCUCACAUGUUAUUAUUCACCACAUGAUAUUUCAUAUGUUAUACUACUACAUGAUAAAUGUGUGCAAUUUGAUUGGCUUAGAGCAGUGGUAUUUCAGCUUAAUUUGAAAUACCUACAUGUGAAAAUUACAAACCUUUUUGGGGUAGUAGUAUAUUGUUUGUAUGUAUGUGAUAUUUGGCAUAAAGACCCAGGGUGCAAAGAAAAUCAUUUUUACAGCUUGCCAUUCGGGCAAGCUGAAGCUAGCAUUUACUAGCCCAGACGUCAUUUCAACUAGCCCCAAAAGCUUUUCAUCGAGCAGAAUUGAUUUCACACUUCCUCUGUUAUUCGAAUUCCUCAAAGAACAUAACUUGCCCGUCGGGCAAGUUAAAAACAGAUUUCACUAGCCCGAUAGCAAAAUCCACUAGCCCCGGGCUAUCGGACACUACUUUCUUUGCACGCUGAGUUGUGAUAUUUCAAAAUUGUCUCAAAUUUCACUCGCCUAAUGGCUCGUGAAAUUACUCAUAAUAAUUUUGAAACAUGGCAUGUGGUAUUUAUGCCAAAUAUCGCUACAAAUCAUGCUGUUACCUAUACUAAUAACAAGAGAUGUUUACAAUGACAAAAAAAAUUAAUAAUGAUACAAAGGUUAAACAGAAUUGUCACUUUGGUUCAAUCAGAAUCGAUAUGUAACUUUGGAGGAUGCAGCCAAUGUCUUGAUAGGAGAUGAAGAAGAAGGCCAGACAAAGUAUAAAAGUAAGAUAAUUUAAACAGCCAAAUCAGUUUAGACUUUUUUUUGUAGAUGUAUGUUUUUAACCAUUACUCACCUUUAAUCAAAUAAAGUCAAACCUCCAUGUGCGACCACCUCUUGUAAACAUCCACCACUCAUAACAACCACCUAUCCAAAACACCAAAAUGUUCCAAGUCAAAGCCUCAUAGUUCGAACCUUUUGUAAGCAAUAACAACUACUCUUUGGGUUGAUGGUUUUAAAAUUUCCCAUUUUUUUUUUAUCUCUCGUGGGCAACUACUAGAUGGAUGAUCUGAUAUCUUUGUUUGCAGUACUUACUAUGCCACUUAAGAGUAUGCAAAGAACUUAAUUAGUGUCAAUUUGGAACUAUCUUUUUACCCCAGUUGUAUCACUUAAGGAGAACCCUAAACAUGUUCAUAACAAAACUAUUUUCCUCAACAGCCAAAGUUCGACGACUCUAUGAUAUUGCCAACAUUUUGUCAAGUCUCCAGCUUAUAGAAAAAGUUCAUAUUCAUAGCAUUCAGACCGGAAGGAAACCUGGUUUUAGAUGGAUAGGAAUUGACCCUGACAAGUUUGAACUAGUGGCCUAUACCCAAGGUAAGUAUACCACGCAUAAAAAAUCUGUUCCUUUUGCCAUAGCUUUGCUGUUGAACUUCAAAACCAGAAAUAAAAAAGUUCUCAGUUAAGGCACUAUAGUCGAAACCUAAGAGUGAGCAACCAACAUUUUCCACUUGUUUAAACUGUUUAAACUUGCAGAGAGAUUAUUGGUUCUGUGAUGCCACAAUGGCCUUUAAGUUUGUUCUUUUGUAAUGACAUGUACAUAUGUACCAUCAGUUGACAUCGAAGAUGAAAAUUUACAAAACACUUGCCCUUCAGGCAAGUUACUAGCCUGUGCAGGCUACUGGACAGCACCUUUGUUGCACCAUGGCCAUAGGAAUAAAAUUAUGGGUAUGGGCGUCCACAAUGUUCCAACCCUACAAAAAAGUCACCCUGGCACCCAGGCCAGCCCCACCUGCCCCCUCAUGGCUUCACAUUCAGACAUCCUUUUGGCUCAUCGCACGAUCCUCCCCAAUGUUUGGAAGGCUUCAUGAUUGUGUGAUGUGCCAAAAGGAUGUCUGCAUCUGCAUCUGCACUUCAUGGAAUUUGCCACUCCUUAGUAAAAUAAUUAUUGUAAACUGCAAGUCCCGAGAAGUAGUGUAAUUUCCUCACAAAGAAGAAAGAAGUUUCUGUACCAUAAAGUACUUAAAUAUUGAACUCUUUGGUUUGAUUUUCCCUUUAGAUGAAAUUCAAAAACCACCAUCAGUAAAGAGAAUCUGCGCAGAGAAAAGCCGUGGCCUUGAUGAAGGAGAAAGUAAGUGAAGAACUUUAAAUAUGCCACAAAUAGAGUGAUAUGAUACUGCUACAUCUUGCACUGCUAGUCAAACACACGCAUACAGUCCAAGUUCUAAAGAAAAAAAAUCGUUGAAGAUUAAAAAUGGAACACUUACCGUGAGAUUCCUUGAAGAAUGUCUAUGUAAGUAAAGAUCCUUUGCAGCUGACAUGUUUACACUCUACACUCGUUCCCGGUCCCUCGCAGAUUUUAAUUCAAAGAAAUUCUAGUUUGCGGAUUGCGUGACACAAGUUGUGUUAUCUUUGACAGGUGCUGUAGGGCGCCUUAUAAGGCGGAGGCCGAGUCAACAGCAGCUCAGAUCAGAGGAUCCAGAUGCUAGCAAAUGCAAGCUGCCUCGUUCACAAUCAGAAAGAGUUCUUGGUACUAAAAAACAUUGUGGUGGCGAGGAAGAUGGCUUUUCAGUUCAAGAACUUACGGCCUCUUACGGUAAGUUCAUUUAUGGGUGCAGAUUGCACAAAUGCGGCUCAGAGAAGGCGAUGUUGGUUAUAUUGUAAUAUAUUUACUGUACUGUAAUGUAAGGUUUUCCAGAAACUAAACUGGCAUUUUUUUCCCCCUGAAUUGACAGGUGCUGAUCCGUCUGCCGCGAGCCCGACAGAGGCAAAAUUCCGCGCGGAGCUGAAAAAACUACACCAGCAAUACCCAGAUCAUAUCCUUUUAUUUACCUGCUUAUUUACUCACUAUCUUUAUCAAACUGUAAUCUAAAAGGAACAAUUUCCCCCAUACUCAGGAGGGGAAGGAAAAUUAAACUCGGAACGAGGGUCAAGAACAAUCCUUCGCGGCUCACUCGCGUGUAACCUUCCUCUUUCAAAACUCUUAAACACCACUUGCAAGGAUCCAUGCAAGUUUUUGACCUGAUCAGAAGUAGGUGAACAUUUUUGACCGGUACGGUUCCACCUCUACGCGGACACGUGUAAACACCUGAACCGUGCACACAGUUUGUGCGGUAAACGCCUGGAGCCUAUUUACGCGCCUGUGAUAAAAGAAAAGCCAUUCCAAUGCUGACAAUGGCAAAAUUUGUACGGACUGGUGUAAACAGCAAUGUAACAUUACUGACAGGGCUGUCAUUAAGAGACGGGGGCCGGGGAUUUUCACCGGCUACUAUGAACGUGGCCCACCAAAAGAAAUCCCUCGCUGUGUGAUUCCCCGCCUACUGUGUUGUAUUUCCCUGGCAACUUGAAAUCUUAGUGACAGCCUUGAUUACAGAAUUUUCGCGAUAGCGUGUAAACGGGUUUCACAGGUGAAAAAUUCGCCCGUUCAAAAUUUUGACCAGACCUGUGUCAGCGGGUUCAUAGUGGAGAACUUGUUCUCGAUGUUGAAGAUUUGUCGGUACUUAAUUUGUCAAACUCAUGAUUAUUAACGGCUUUUUCAACCCGAGAGAUCAUUUGCAAAGUUAAUGUACCCUUUCUGAGUUAUUUUUGGCUCUUUUUAUCUUUAACUCUUCUCACGAAUGUCACAGCUGCUGUCCGCAUGCAGACACUCGGAUGAUUUUGAUGCCAGAAAAAGUCGGCGGUCACUGUUUAUCUCUGGUACAGCGGAACUUGAAGAUGCUCCAGAGCCCAAGCGAAGGCGAAGCGCCGACGAUUUUUCGACAAUCCUGCAGAAGACCGACAACGGAUUCUCACAUUCAUCCACUUCGCCGUUCAAAAGCAUUGAUGAUGGAAGAAAGGAUCUUACGCCCUGCAGCCCAAAACAAUCAAGUCCAAAGGCUUCUCUUGAUCAUUCCUCUCCUGAACAAAAGAUUUUACUGGAGAGACAGAAACAACAGAAACUGUUAGAAGAGCAGCGAGGAUUUGAUUCACAGGAUGAACGGUGGAAACGCAUGGAACGUCAGUUGGAGAAGGCAUUCCCUAACCCAGGACCAAGCCGUCCUAUGAUGGUACACCAAUCGUCGUCUCCUUUACCUUAUGAUGAGCUUGUAGAACAGUCUUCAGUUGCCAUUCAGGCUAGUCUUAUCGACGACGUAAGCCCUCUUAAACCACUUAGCUAUUACCGCAAGUUAAAGUCUCCGUGGAAAGACCCUGGAUCUUUACAGAGCUCCCGUCAGGCUUCUGCCACGCCCUCGCCGAUUCAAUUUCAGAACAACUGUGCACUAAAUUCCAUGUCCAAUCCGCACGCGUUGACGCCGACUCCUAUUCUUCCAGCCACUGAACGCCCCAUUCAAGUUAACAACUCGUGUCCUAGUAACACUAUCUUCCUUCAGAUUCCUGCCCAACCGGGUAACGGAGGGCCAGUCCUUUGGGCCACAGCCACACCUCCCUCGGGCAGUUCCACGCCUUCUCCUGACCAGCUAAUCAAGGUAAUGGGGCAAACAGUCAACACACCACUGCUGUAUAGUCCCAGGUCUCUCACUCCUACUCCAGAGCCUGGUAACAUGGAUUUGUCCCAAGUGUCUUCAGUAGUUGAAUUCACGACACCUUGCAUGACAAUGGGUGACGUCCAGCAACCGUUGGCGGAAAACCAAACAGUAAAUUCGGGUAACGCAAUCCCAUCGAAUCAAGCCUUAACCAUUCAACUUCCAACCAUGCAUCACCUUAGCAGCGUUGAAAUGUUCUCUUCUUCUCCAGUAUCUGGAAGUUUGGCGCACCUUCAGUUUAACACCCCGGUGAUGAAACUCACAGACAUUAACAAAGUUGUUCCUAUAGAAACACCCACCACCACGGUCCAACUUUUAGCAGAUGUUUCUAAACGUCUAUCUCUUCCUCUAAACAGUCAUCAACCCAGUUAG